GAGACCACGUGGCCUGCACCUCCUCGCCGUGAUCCUCCCUCCGCAUGGCUUCGGUCUCCUCCGCGGCCUUCUCGGGCCGCGGGGCCCGGCCCCUGCUGCAGUUCUUGCGGCUGGUGGGGCGGCUCAAGAGAGUCCCACGGACUGGCUGGGUAUACAGAAAUGUGGAGAAGCCAGAGAGCGUAUCAGAUCACAUGUACCGGAUGGCAGUUAUGGCCAUGGUGACUCAAGAUGACCAUCUUAAUAAAGACCGAUGUAUCCGCCUAGCCCUGGUUCACGAUAUGGCAGAGUGCAUCGUUGGGGACAUAGCACCAGCAGAUAACAUCCCUAAAGAAGAAAAACAUAGGCGAGAAGAGGAAGCCAUGAAGCAGAUAACCCAGCUCCUGCCAGAGGACUUCAGAAAGGAGCUCUUCGAACUUUGGGAAGAGUAUGAGACCCAAGCCAGCGCAGAAGCUAAAUUUGUGAAGCAGCUGGACCAGUGUGAGAUGAUUCUUCAGGCAUCUGAAUAUGAAGAUCUGGAGAACAAACCCGGGAGACUGCAAGACUUCUACGAUUCCACAGCAGGAAAAUUCACUCACCCUGAGAUUGUCCAACUUGUUUCUGAACUUGAGGCCGAAAGAAACGCGAACAUAGCUGCAGCUGACAGUGAGCUGCCCCCCUAAGAUGCUCUCCACAUGGCCGCCCUCCUGAGACAGACUUGUAGUUUUCCAUUUCAUGGGAUUGUGUUUUGCCAGUGCUGCUCUGUUGAUUUCCUCCAUUGCAAGCCCGAAUAUUUUCAGUUGUCUGGACAUCAGCAAGAAAUGUGAUGUGAUUUGGGCACUCAAAGUAGCCUCAGAAGAGAAAGUGGACAUGAAAACACCCUGCCUGCCUGAAGACUGGAUGGACAGUGCUGUUUUAAUGGACUAAAUAAAUAAUAAACACCUAAAACUUC